AUGUUCCUGAUCCUCCAGCAUACCUUCCUCUCACCCAGCCAGAUCCACGCUCUUGUGACUGUUGAUGUCCGCAAGGCCUUCGACGGUGUGUGCCACGACCACAUCCUGUCUCAACUUUCCUCCCUGGGAGGCGGCAACCGCUUGUACUCUUAUCUCCGCUCCUUCCUCUCUAACCGAGUGGCUCGCUUUCGAGGUGACACUCAUCUGUCCGACCCCUACGUGCUCACCCGUGGCACUCCUCAAGCUGCUGUUCUCUCUCCUACCCUUUCCAAUAUUGUUAUGACCCCUCUCGCCUCCCAACUAGCCAAAAUUCCUGAUCUCCACCACAUCUUUUAUGCCGACGACAUCACUCUCUGGUGUUCGUCUGGCUCUCCCGGUCACGUACAGGACACCCUGCAACGUGGGAUAGAUCUCAUCGGCUCCUUUCUCACCACAGCUGGCCUGUCGCCUGCUCCGGAGAAAUCCGAGCUUCUCCUUCUCAACCACUCCGCAUAUCAGCGCUCCCACAACGCCCUCAUCUACCUCCAUCUUUUUGGCUCUCCCAUUCCUAUCGUCCCUCAAUACAAAGUUCUUGGCUUCCCUUUGCAUGCAGCCAAGAAUAUGCAUGCCCUCCACCACGCUGUCACGACCUGCCACUCAGUAACUCACCUCCUGCGGCGUGUGGUCACUCGGCGCUCAGGCCUCCACGAGGCUCAUGCGUACCGCGUCGCCCAUGCGCUCGCCCUCAACAAGUUCCUGUACUUUUUCAUCUUCAACCAGACACAGAAGCCGAUUGCAUUCCACGGACAUGCUACUGAAGAUGUGGAAGAUUGGCUAGACCAUAUUGAGCGGGUCGCCGAAUGCAACGAAUGGUACUAA